CGCCGCGCCGACAGGAGCUCCGGCGGCAGCCCCAGAGAAGCACCAGCGGCCGGUCCCGGCGCGGACGAUGCGGCUGCGGCGGCCGCGGCGCCCCGAACAAGCAGCGCGCGCAGUCAGAGGGGCCCAGCCUUGGCGAGCCGCGGCGGCGGGGAGUCCCUUUCGCCGGAGAGCUGCGGCGGCGGCGGCGGCGAAGAGAAGGCGGCGGCGGCGGCGGCGGCCGAGGCCCGGCCUUGAGCGGCCCCGCCGCGUCCCCCAUCCGGCCUCGCAGCUCCGGGCGGGGGAGGCAGCCUGCCGACGCCCAGGCGCCUCCGGCGAGCCCCAGCACAGCGGGAGCCCCCUGCCUCCCCCCGCGAUGGGCAGCAGCUCCAGUGGGCCUCGCUUGUAGGAUGGUAGCACACAGCAGCGUAACGCCUGAGAAUGGGAUUGCAGCGGAGCUGAGUGGCCGGCUUCAGCCCUCCCUCCGGGCUGCCCUGCAGGUCCGGCCACCCCACGGCACAGUGCAAGCCCCACAGGACACCCACUUCCACACCUUCCGCUCACAGGAGGACUUUGGCAUCAUCGCCCGCACCAGCGCCUUGCUGGAGGAGUGCGGCUUCUACUGGGGCCCGCUGUCAGUCAGCGCUGCUCACGACAAACUGAAGGGCGAGCUGGUAGGGACCUUCCUUCUCCGCGACAGCCGGCAAAAGAAUUGCUUCUUCACCGUUAGCGUUAAGACGGCCACGGGGCCCACCAGCGUCCGGGUCCUCUUCCAGGCCGGUCACUUCAGCCUGGAGGGCAGCAAAGAGGCCUUUGACUGCCUCUUCAAACUGCUGGAACAUUACGUCCAGUCGCCCCGGAAGGUCCUGGUCGCCCCACUACACAAGGAGCGCCUGCGGUCGCUGCAGGACCUCUGCCGCAAAGAGAUUGUGGUGACUUUCGGGAGGGAGAAUUUGCCCCGCAUCCCACUCAACCCAGUCCUGAAGGCUUACCUGGAGUCCUUCCCCUUUAAAUUGUGAGGGGGGAGCAUUACGCAGUGGAUGCGCUGGAGAGCAGGACCAACAGGAGGGCGGCGCUGGAAGGGGCGCCUUGCGGGUGUGCAGUCCGGGGAGUCUCUGCCGUGGGAAAUCGCAGGUGGCGUGGAGGCUCCCUGUGGCGCUGGGCAUCGCGUCCCUGUGGGAAGACGUGGCGCAGGAUCCCCGUGGCUGGAUUGUUACACAAGCCAUCAUGAGCGCAUCUCGAUUCUGUAGCAGUUCCACUGAAUGCGAACACUUGACUACCAAUGUUUACACACUCGAUGAACUGUUUGCACAAACUGAGGCCCUCAGGAGCCUUGCCAGUCAUUUUCUGCCAUGCAGAAACGUUUUUUUUACUUUAUAUCUAUUUUUUCU